AUGUCUUUGUACCUCCCGGACCGCCCAGCAUCACGCGGUAUCGUGAGGCAUCAUGUGGAGGUUAACCAUCGAAUAAAAGACGCCACUCCCCUCGAGCUUCGAGUGCAGGCGAUCGACGCACUCCUCCAGUCCCUAUCAUGGCGCACGCACCUAGACGACCAGACUCGCCGCUCAAGGCUACAGUCGACCAAAUCGAAGAGGUCGAGGUACUCUCGACGACUAGCGCUGCAGGUCCCUCCAAAGCGAACGUAGGCGACGCCGCGCUCGAAGUGCUCGGGCGCAGCGAUGUGCGUCGCGAGAUAACGACUGAGGAGGAUAGGCGGGUACGACGGAAGAUCGACCUCUGGCUGAUGCCCGUCAUCGUCAUGGUGUACAUGUUGCAGCAGCUGGACAAGUCGUCCCUGUCCUAUACAUCUGUUUUUGGUAUCGUGGAGGACACCGGCUUGAAGGGCCAGGAAUACAGCUGGCUCAGUAGCAUCGUAUAUGUCGCGCAACUCAUAUGGCAGCCCGUCUCAUCAUAUCUGCUCGUCCGCCUUCCCGUGGCGAAGUAUCUGUUCGUCCAUGUCUUCAUGUGGGGCGUCUGCGUAGCGUCUACCGCUGCUGCCCACAACUUUGCUGGUCUAAUAACCGCCCGCUUUUUUCUUGGCAUCUUCGAGGCUACAGUUGCCCCAUGCUUCAUCACCAUCACACAAAUGUGGUGGCGACGACGCGAACAAACCAUGCGCCUGGCUAUUUGGAUGGCCGCUAACGGAGGAACGGGUAUGUUUGGCUCUCUUCUUUCUUGGGGCCUUGGGCAUAUCGGAGGGAGUUUGCGGCCUUACCAGACCAUCUUCCUGUUCAUCGGGUGCUUGACAACUGCGUGCUCUCCUAUCAUACUACUCGUCCUGCCCGAUUCGCCCAUCAAGGCGAAGUUCCUUUCUCAAGACGAGAAGAUUAUUGCCAUCGAACGUCUACGCGCUAACAAUCAGGGCACCGAAACCAAAGUCUGGAAGUGGGAGCAGGUAAACGAGCUCCUCCUCGAUCCCAAGACCUACCUCUGGUUCGCUCUCUUGUUCCUCUGCGCUCUUCCCAGCGGCGGCAUCGGCGCUUUCGGCCCCCUCAUCAUCAACGGCUUCGGCUUCGACCAGUUCUACACGAUCCUCUUCAAUAUCCCGUUCUCCGCCCUUCAGGUCGUACUCACCCUCAUCUCGGCGUGGGUCUCGCAGAGAAUCAAGCUCAAGUGGCCCGUCGUCUUCUUCCUGACGCUUCCGGCGAUUGGCGGCGCGUCGGCUCUCCUCGUACUGGGUCGUGACGCGUCGAUCAAGAACGAGCUUUUGGGCUGCUACUAUGUUCUGUCGUUCUUUACUGCGCUUCAACCGAUGCUGUAUACGUGGAGCUCGCAGAACACGGCUGGACAUACGAAGAAGCUGUGUACGACCGGACUUGUCUUCGUCGCGCAGUGCACGGGGAACAUCGUAGGACCUCUGCUGUAUACUACAGAGGAGAAGCCCUACUACCGCAGAGGCCUUGUCGCAAACUUGGCCUGCUGGAUCGCUCUCGCGGUCCUGAGUGUCGUCACGGCCGCCUACCUCGCGCUCCUCAACAAACGGCACGCAGCGCGCCGCAUAGCGGUUGGCAAGGCUGGCGUGGUCAUCGAUGCGUCACUUGAGGAUUAUGCCGGCCGACGAACCGCGACGGAAGGUGGCGUCGAGAAGCAGCAGGGACAGACGCUUGCAAAUGAGCGCGCUUUCGACGACUUGACGGAUUUACAGAAUGAGGACUUCAUUUAUGCUUUGUAGUUCAUCUAGUGUGAUCGAGUUUUGGAUCAGUGCCCGACUGAGCUUGGAGGGUCGCUAUCAGAAGUAGGAGGAAUCACAAUCGACUCAAACUUGCUUCGCAUAAGCGCGAAGUG